GCGUGCGGUUCGCUCGUUGGAGAUCAGAUCCAGAAAGAAUUUAAAAGCCAACGCUUGUCUGCAAUUGCACGUGUAUGUGUGUGUGUGUGUGUGUGAGUACCAAGGAGAGCCGCAGAAACAACAAUUCGAAAGUUUUAUGUCUUGUGCGCUAUUCAAGAAUUUUAAGUGCAGAAAACAAUGACGACAGCCAAAUGGAUUUGGCGAUUGGCGCUGCUCGCUCAGAUAGCUUUAUGCGUGGCUGCGGAGGCGCCCACAGGCUAUCCGCGCGAGAUUUGCAAAUAUCGCAUUGGGAAAUUGGUGAAGCCGAUGAGCAGUUAUCGCAGUAGAUUGCUGGCCCUGCGUGAACAAAUGCAAAUACGUGCCACACUUCAAGGUCCCGAAAUCUACGGCUACAUUCUACCCUCUACGGAUGAGCAUCUCAAUCAGGAGGUGGCCACGCGUGACCAGCGCCUGCUCUACCUUAGCGGCUUCACGGGAGUGCGGUCCGUUGCGGCUAUAACGAAUCGAGGCGCUGCCCUGUGGGUGGAGAAUCGAUACGCUCAGCAAGCGGACGGGGAAUUGGACUGCGAUUGGGAGAUAUUCCUGGCCAAUGGCAACGUCACCAUAGCCGACUGGCUCGGCAGUCAAUUGCAUUUUGAUAAACGCGUAGGGGCCGAUCCGCAUCUAGUGCCACAUCAUUUGUGGCUAAGAUGGGAACGCGAGCUUGAGGAUAAGAUUCUUAAGCUGGUCAAGAUCAACAAUAAUCUUGUCGACAUGAUUUGGGGCUCCGAACGACCACCGCCGCCAAAAGAUCAUGUGAUGCAAGUGCAAUCAAGGGACUAUGCGGGUGAAAAGUGGGAGGACAAGGUCACCGAGCUGCGACGGCGAUUGGCCCAACUAGGCUGCGAUGCCAUGGUUGUGACAUCCCUAACAGAAAUAGCGUAUUUGCUGAACAUUCGUGGCAACGACAUACCGUUCACACCGGUGGUCAAAUCCUAUGUUAUUGUUAGUCAGGAUGACAUAUUUUUCUAUGUGGACCACACAAAGAUUAGUCUGGGGAUUGACCUGCACUUGCGCACGGACUGCUUUAAUGACAAAUGCGUAAAGAUCAAGGAGUACUAUCAAGUCUGGAACGACAUUCGUACCUAUGCGCAGAUAUGGAAGCGCGUACUGGUAUCUGCGCCCUGCGUUCAAGACCUGGGCGCUUCGGAGGCCAUCUACUCCUCGAUGCCGGAGAAAAUUGUCGUGGAACACAUAUCGCCGAUUAUCUUCAUGCGGGCCCAAAAGAACUCCGUGGAGCAGGAGGGCAUGCGAAUGGCUCAUGUUAGAGACGGCGCCGCUAUAUGCGAGGCCAUGAGCAACCUCGAGACUCGGUUCUCCACUGAGCAAUGGACAGAAGAGAAAAUCAAAUAUGAGGUGGAGUUGUGGCGCCUGUCGCAGAACCAUGCAAAGGGCCUAUCGCUUCGGACAGUCGUAGCCUACGGCGAGCACUCGGCCCUACCCUACUACAUUAGCAGCAAUGUGACCAACAUUGAGGUGUCAGACCAAAGCCUAUUAGUUAUUGAAUCCGGCUGCCAAUAUCUGGAGGGCACCACAGACGUUUCUCGCACCUUCAUCUUUGGCCAGCCUACACAGGACAUGAAGAAGGCCUAUACCAGUGUAUUGGCUGGCAUUCUGCACUUGGCCGAGCUGAAAUUUCCCGCCGAUAUCAAACCCUCCGAGGUGGAUGCGCUGGUACGCAGUAUGGUGUGGAAGCACAUGACAGACUUUCCCCAGGCUACGGGGCAUGGUAUUGGAUCGUACGGUGCCGUCGAAGAACCGCCCAUAUCAGUUGCAUAUGGCAAGAACAGUACCUUUCACUUCAAGGAGGGUUACUUCUUCUCCAGCGAGUCGGGCUACUACAAACGCGACGAUUUUGGCGUACGCCUUAAAAAUGUCCUCGAGGUGGUCAACACUGGCCACACGCAUCCGAGCGGCGCACGCUUCCUAGCAUUCCAAGACGUAACUCUGGUGCCGUACGAGCCAAAGUUGAUCGACAGUACAAUGCUAAGCGCAGCCGAAAAGCGGCUGCUCAACGAGUACAAUGCCAAGAUACGCAACCAGAUUGGCGACGAACUGAAGCGAUUGGGCAACAUGAAGGCCUUCUACUGGAUGAUGAAUAAGACGCGGCACAUUCGCGAGUACCUGCCCGAGGACGAGUAUCGCGCAGCCCUAGGGGGCGCCCCCGAUACCCAGGGCCUGCUUAGAUUUCUAGCUAUGGUACCUGUCUUCGUUGUGUGUGCCUGGGGGCACCUGUAGAGGCUACCUGUGUGAAUACUUGUGCGUUUGAGUGUGUGGAUCUGUGUGUGAGUGCAUUUAGUUUUAUUUAGGUAUGCGAAUUAUUUAAGAGAAUAUGGGACUAACAACAAAUCAAUGAAGCGUUUAGAACUUGUAAUAAUAUUUAGCUACUUAAUUGAUUGUAACAGAAAACACCCCAGACCGGAGACAUGACUUGUAUAUACUUGCUAAGUUAUGGUUCCCUAAAUUGAAUCGAAAGCGCAAUGCAAUUUGACCACAAAUUUGUUAAUAUUUUUAAUAUACAUACCUGCUCGUAUUUUGGCAUUCUACGAGCAUGUACAUAUAUUGUAAAGAAAGGCAAACGACAGGAAUGUGUUAAAUAAACAAUCAGUCGGUAAUAAGGAUAGGACACUUAAUAGGCAAACUUACCAAACAUUACACUUUAUCAAUAUUAUAGCUUGGCAGGACUGCACACAAAUAUUAGCCCCACCACCAUAUACUAUAAAAUGAUAAAUUAAUGUUAUAUUUAUAGAAUGUGAUUGAAUUAAAAUGUAUAUUGAAAGUAAACGACGA